CAACUCAUCUCUGCUCCCAACUCAUCUCUAAUUGAAACUUUGGAAGUGGGAGGUCCAAUGUGGUUCAAUAGGUUCAAUGCGAAGCCUAGAUUGGUCUAGAUAUAUAUAUAUAUGGUCUAAGGAUACAAGACGAACCGGUGCAGGUUUUAGGUUACAAUCACUUACGGUUACGACUAUAUUUGUUUGAUAAAGCAAUUUUUAUUGAUUUCAACUUUAAUCAAACAGACUCAAAAUGGCAAUAUUAUUAAAGAUCUGUGAAGGUCUAACCGUGUGUGGAAAACUUUUAAAACCAAGGUUUGAUUGUACUACUAUAUCUGUCCGGGGGCGAAAAAAUUUAAACCCACCUCCGAGGAAGCGUUUCCCUCCGUGGUUUACUAAACAACACCGGGUGUUACAUAAAGAGGAAAUUACGCCGGAGAAUACUAAAUUUAUUAAAGAAGUUAUCGAUACACAGUAUGGAAUAGCUGCAAAUCGGGUUUCACCUUUAAAAGCAGUGCCAAUUGAACCCAACAUAGAAUGGAAAAGGGGACUCCAACGUACGGGACUUAUUGCAAAGAAAAUUGGAGUAUAUCCAAUGUGGUUGAAAAAUGGCAGAAAAGUUUUGACUACUCUUCUACAAAUAGUUGAUAAUCAUGUAAUAAAAUAUAUACCACCCGAAGAACAUAAACCAAUGAUACGGAGGACUCUUCCAUAUGAUUACCAAGAAAAACGUGCAUGUCUUCUUAUUGGUGCAGAAUGUGAGGACCCUCAAUUGUUUACAAAAGCGUACUGUGGUCUAUUCCAAGAUUCAGGUGUAAUGCCAACACGCUUUCUAAUGAGAUUUUUAGUAUCACCGGAAGCUGCAUUACAACCAGGCACACCGUUAUAUGUAAACCAUUUUAAGCCUGGCGAUUAUGUUGAUAUACGUGGCAAAACGAUGGAUCGUGGUUUCCAAGGUGUCAUGAAAAGAUGGGGAUUUCAUGGAAUGCCAGCAAGUCAUGGAGUGACAAAAUCGCAUAGAAGACCAGGAAAUAUUGGUUCUGGAGGGACAAAAGCCCGUGUAAUGCCUGGAACUAAAAUGCCAGGACAUAUGGGAAACCGUUAUCGCAUAUUUAGAGGAUUAAGGAUUCUGCGGAUAAAUACAAAGUACAAUGUAAUGUGGGUGCUUGGACAGCAGGUGCCUGGUGAAACGAAUAAUGUCAUUCAAGUGUUCGAUUCACUUCUCAGGCACAGACGACAUACAGUUGCUCCACAUUUCCCCACGUAUUUCCCUACAAACGAACAGGAACCUCUUCCGGAAGAGAUCUUAGCCGAUGAUGUUCAUCCAUUUGAAGCCAAGUCUAUUACAUUUAGUGAAGAGGAAGCGUAAUUGUAAAACUGUAGCUUUUAAUAAAGAGGAUAUUACGAAUGUA